AUGUCUAAAUAAAAAUAAGAAGAGAAAUAAGAAGAAAACGAACUACUAAGUAUCGGUUAAGAAUUCUUUAAUGAAAACAAGGUGAGAGAACUGCUGGGAGAAGUCAUCUAACCAAUACUUAUUGAGCUGACAGCUUGUCAGCGUAUCAGUAAGAUUCAAGCCACAGAUGUAAAGAGGGUUCUUGAGACUUAAAAAUAUCUUGACAACGAACUUGUCAAUCUAAAUAAAAAGCUAGUAGAUCAGUCAGAGAUCAAGAAACAACUGAGACUCUUUGAGGUACAGAUGAAUAACUAGGAGUUAAUUCUUAAGAAGAGACACGAGAAGAUGAAAGAUUCAGUAAGUGCACUCACUGAAAGAAUAAAUGAAAUCAAUUAGCAUUUGAAACAGGUAGAUAAUUAGUUUGCUCAUAGAGAUGAGAAGAUUGAUCAAAUUAACAUGCUUGUUAAUAAUUACAGGGACAAGUUAUAGGAGUCCUAUUUAGAGUUAAAAGAAGAAAACGAUAAUGAUUUCAAGUUGUUUGAAGAGAGAAUUAAAGAGUUAGAGAACAAAACAUAGGGAUUAGACACCAGAAUGGAAAACCUAACUGAAAAUCUAGAAAGCUAAACAGUAAGCACAAUAAGUGAAAUAUUCUAAAAAUUCAAAGCUGAGGAAGGUAGAUAUGAUGAAGUUAAGCUGACAUUGGUUGAAUUUCCUAAAAUGCAAGCAGAUCUUAAACAGGUUAUGGGAAGAAUGCAAUAUGUUGAGAAGGAAUUUAAAACUACAGUUGAACUCUAAGUAUUUGUUGAGAGAUGUAUACCGAUUCUUACUCAUUUCUAGAUAUCUGAAGCUUUGUAAACAGUGUUUGAAGGAGAUGAAACAUUUCAGAAAUAGUUGUAUGAUUUCGAAAACGCUAAACUGAGAGAAUUCUAAAAUUACAAUAAAACUUAUAAGGAAUAGGAGAUAAAUCUGCAUAACCUGAAGAUUAGAGUAAUGUUUCUGCUUAAAGCUCUUAUUAAACAUAGUAAAGGUGUCCAUAAAUUUUUAUACGGGAGAGAUUACAACCCUGAAAUGCCUAUUGAGGAGUUAGAAUAUCUCAACUAAAUGGUGAUAGUAUCUCUUGAUGAAAGAGAGAGAUUAAUAAAUGCCCUAGGUACUCAUGAUAUUUAAGUUCUUUCUUAUGAUAAGCUUACAUCUCCUAAAUCGAAUUUCUCAAGUAGUAAUACAAUGCCUCUACAAUAAUAAUAAUAAAACUAAUUUUAACCAAAACCUUAGUUGUAAAGAUAAAAUAUAUCUAGAUUUGGAACUGGAAAUAAUGUUGGUGCAAGUUUAUAGCAAUAAGAUAGUGGAAGAUAUUUGGUUUAAAAUGCAGUUAAGACUUCAAUGUAUAGAGGAUAAUAGGGAUAUCCAAGUAGUAGAAAUUAAGGAGGGCUAAGUGAUGAAGCUCUAAUUGAAAUUAAUAAGAUGCAAUUACUUUUCGAUGCAAAGCUCAAGGAUAUUGAAAGACAAAUGGCACAAAAUGAAAGACAAAAAUUAGUAUCUACUCCAGGUGCUGUUUUCAAGUCGUACUUCAUUACUAAGAAAUAUACUUUGAAAGAUAGUAUUCGUAUGGGCAAGAAAUCAAGAUCUAGCGCAGCUAAUGCUGCUCGAAAAAUGGCGAAAUUGAAGUUUGAAUUGAGUAAAGAGGAGGAGACUUUAAGAGAUCUAGUGAUCUAAAGAAUAACUCAACUACUUUAAAACGAGAAUAUCAAUAUGAUAGCUUAGCUAAAAUAAAUGAAAAAGUUCAUAGAUGACUAUGAAUAUGAAAAAUAAAUGAAAGACUCAUUAGCUGAUCUGGAUAAAGACCUAGCUAAGUCUAUAACUUAGGAUGAUAUUGAUAAAAUUAUUUCAUAGUUGAAGGAUUAAUUCGAUGGCAAACUAAAGGAUUAAUUAAAUAAACAUUAGUAAAGAUCAUCUGAUGACUUGACCAAUCAGCAUUCUAAAUUAUCAGACCUGAAGAAGGAACUAGCGGAAUUGAAAGACAAAGGAGAGAUGUAGAAAUGGAAAGUUGAUGAGAAGACCAAGGAAAUGGUAUUUGAGAUAAAUUAGAUCAGGGAUCGAUUGAAAUUUGAAUAUGAUGACUUCUUUUAGUACAGAAAGAAGAUAAAAUCUGAUAUUAACUAUGACAGCAAUUUAAUCCAAAACAAGAUUCACGAGUUCGAAAGGACUCUCAUAAUGUAUGAUGGACAAAUAACUAACCUUAGUCAUAUACUUAACAUAUUGCUUGAGGUCUAAAGCAUAGAGCAUCUAAUGGUAUCAUAGGAUUUAGAAGAUCGCAAAUAGAUUGGAUUAUUUGGAACAAAGAAGAAUGCUGAUAUUAUUGGAAAUGCAAGUCAGAGCGUGACAGUCCAGAAAGGGAUAAAUCAAAACUUGUAGGACAUGAGAUCUUUUAAUAAAACUGAAAUUGGUUAUCACCAUCAGAACCAUAAUAGAUCAAAGACCAUAGAAAAUCUUAAUAAUACAUCUUUCCUACCUUCUUAGAACUAAGGACCUAAUAGAAAUACUAUAUUUGUGGAUAGGAACUGUAUAUCCUGUAGUGGAAACUCAUCUGUGCUGCUUUAGCAUAUUAAAGUAGCUUGCUUAAGUUAUUAAAACAAUCCUGUGACUUAUAAGAACUCUGUCUACACAAUGAACGAGAUAAACGGGCUUAAGUAUACUCUGCUAAAUGAGUGUUAAAGAUUACUGGAUCCAGUUGAUUGGAAAAAUAAUAAGUCAAUUAUUUCAGAUAUUGAAGGACCCAUUUUACAAUCUAAAUUUAAACAAAAUAAGACGAUUGAGGAUAAUCUACUUAAUAGGAAAAAUCACGUAAUCCAAGUAGUACUCCUCUAAUAAUAAACCUUCAAGAAACUUUAUGAAAAACUAAAACCUUUAGACUUAUUUUCUCACUAACUCUAUAAGAAGAGAAAGUAGACCUUCAAAUCAGAUGACACAAGAUAGCCAGUAAUAGACUCACGAGCUAAUUAAAGACGAGAACUAAGAUAGCUAGUAUCUGAACAUUUCAGCAAACAUGAAUAGUAACUACAAUAACAGAAUGAGCACUACAGCAGGUACUCAUCAUCAUGA